UUUGCAUACGCAUACCAUGUAACAUUUCAUCUCUUCGUGGAACUAGAUGGAAUACGCAGAGGCAGAACCAACAGACAAAGAUUGCAUUAAGGGAACCCGUGAACUAACCAUAUGCCAGACGACGGAGAAACUCGACACAUGGAAGCUGAAUGAGCAGCAGCAACAAUUGGUCGUUGCAAGUGGACUCGGCAACCUGGUACACACAGUAGGCCUGGUCGUCGAUCGCGCUGUGCUCACGGCAUUCUUCGAGCUGUGGAGCAAAGAAACCAACACCGCACAGUUCUAUGGUUUUGAAAUGGCACCAUCACUCAGGGACACUGCCUACAUAUUGGGGGUUCCGGUGACAGGCCGUGUGGUGACAACCGGAGCUGUGCUCAACAAGUCAGUUGAAGAGCUUUGCUUCCAGUAUUUGGGGCAGGUGCCUGAUUGCAGGGACUGCAGGGGUAGUCAUGUGAAGCUCUCUUGGUUGCAAUCUAGGUUUAGCCGGCUCUCGAAGCGCCCUUCUGAUGAUGAGAUCAUGUAUAGUGCCAGAGCAUAUCUCAUGUUCUUGAUUGGAUCAGCCUUAUUUCCAGAGAGGGAUAGGGGCUAUGUCUCCCCAAAGUAUCUACCGCUCUUGUCAAACUUUGAGAAGGUACAUGAAUAUGCUUGGGGUGCCGCUGCCCUUGCCCAUCUCUACAAGGCUCUCUCCCUUGCAGUGGUAAACAACGAAGAACACAGAAUAAGGUUAUUUGGCAGCACAGCUUUGCUCAUGGCCUGGACAUAUGAGUAUAUUCCGGCAAUGCGCCCCGACAUGGAUGAUGCUCCCGCACACAUCUUCCCACGAGUACGCCGGUGGACGGGGAGCAAAAUCUCCCAACCAACAAGGGAAGCUUCAGACAUCACGAAAGCCUUCGGCCUGCUUCGAGUUUCUGAUGUUGACUGGGAACCUUACAAGGGUGUUGACCCUGCAUCCAUUCCAAAGCAUUGUGUUGCACCGGAUCAGAUAUGCUUCUCCAGGACAUGGCUGAUCAGCUUCAACCUGAAGGAAAUCUAUGUCCCGGACCGGUACGCUCGACAGUUUGGGCAGGAACAGCAUCAUCCACUCAACGACGUUCCUGCAUUCCAGCGGCAUCAGUGGACCCCGUCAGUGGACUGGAGCCUGAUGUACGCUUCGGAAAUCGAACGGUUCCAGCAGCUGAUCAACGAUGCAGAUGGUGACCCUAUUCAUACAGCGAUGCCUGCUGCCGCCGCCGACGAUGUAUUCACGCCGGCGACCAUCGCACGGGCCUCCCUUGGGCUCAGCCUGAUCACCGUGGUGGAGGGCGUCAGGCCGCCGCCGCCUCGUGGCCCGGAGGAUGCGGAGAUUGCGAGCGGCGACGACGACGACGACGCCGUGCCGCCGGUGCUGUCUGAUGAGCAGUGGGAACAGGAGGAGGAGGGGUGGGCGGAGCGCAAGCGGCGGCGGCGGCGGCGGGAGGGGGAGGAGACGGAGGGACCAAGGCGCGGGUGCGAGCUGCGGUAGCCCAUCAUCUGACUAAUUAGCGUGUCGUUCAUUCCAUAUUAUAAAAUAUUUUACUUCUAAAUUUAUCCAUAAAUUAAACAAAUAUUUGUCUAGAUUUGUCCGUAUAUACCAUUUAAACAUAACGAAAUACUAUCUCCGUUCCUAAAUA